AUGGACAACUCUGCGCCAGCGUCAGGACAGAAUGACACCACCGCGACGACGAGUAGAGCAUUGACCCACGAACCACCCCCUUUCCUCUCGAGGAUAACCCGCCUCUCCCGAAUCUACACGGCGAAAUCGCUAGCUUUUCCUUCGGCCUGGCUCAGGGAGUGGAAGGAGUACUUUUACCCGCCGUCGACGAGGCCGGAUAUAGUGAAGAGUUAUGAGUGCAGGCCUGAUUUGCCUGUCCGUCCACGGCUCCGCCGCCGCGCCUUUUGUCCUGGGCACUCCGAGAGAUGA